AUGGCCGCCGGAUUAAGUGGUGGGGAUGGGUGGAAUUUGCCUAGAGGUGAAGAGGAUGGUGAGGUUGAUUGGUCUGCUAUUAUAGUUAUGGCUAUUGAAGAGCCAAUUAUUAACAUUGAAGAGAUAGAUAGCGAUUCGUUUGAUUCCAAAGAAGCAGCUUAUGAUUUUUACAAUGAAUAUGGUGGCAGAGUGGGUUUUAGUAUUCGGAGAGAGUACAAAAACAACAGUCAGAAGGAUGGAAAAGUAACAUCUAGAAAUUUUGUGUGUUGUAAGGAGGGAAAAAGAAGUGAGGACAAGAGGAACAGGAAAAUAAAGAAUCGAAGGGCUGAAACAUGCACGGAUUGUCGUGCACGUAUGCUUAUUGCCUUUAAUAUGGAAUUUGGUAAGUACAUUGUCAAAGAUUUUAAAGAUACUCACGACCAUCCCCUCAUCAGUGAGGAUUGUGCCCACAUGAUGCCAUCGCAGCAAAAAAUAAAGUUUGUGCAAGCUAUUGAUGUGGAGUUGGCUGCCGAUUAUGGAAUGCCAGUUCGUAAAGCCUUUGAGUUAAGUUCGAGGCAAGCUGGUGGUAGAGAAAGUAUUGGCUUCAUGAAGGUUGAUGUACAAAAUUAUAUUUGGACGAGAAGACAGAACGACCUUGAACUUGGUGAUGUGAAUUGGUUGAUGAAUUAUUUCCAGACACAGUGUUUGGAAGAUCCAUCAUUAUUCUAUGCCGUGCAAUUGGACAGCAGUGCAAUGAUAACAAAUAUAUUUUGGGCCGAUUCAAAAAUGAUAUUAGAUUAUGGGCAUUUUGGAGAUGUGUUGACAUUUGAUACCAUGUACAAACUUGUUUAUAGGAAUCGGCCUUUUGCAGUUUUUGUCGAUUUGAACCAUCACCGGGAGACAGUUGUGUUUGGAGCAGCUUUCAUGUAUGAUGAGACAACUGAUUCUUUUGGUUGGUUAUUCAAUACAUUCUUGAAUGCCAUGUCCCAUAAAGCACUAAGGAUGAUCUUGACCAACCAAGACGCUGUAAUGGCAAAGGCAUUAGUCCAGGUCAUGCUCGAUACAAAACACCUUCUAUAUACAUGGCACCUAAUGCAAAAUGCCCAAAAGCAUCUUGGGAAUUUGCCUGUUGGUGGGAAUGGCAUAAAAAGUGUGAUAUCAAAAUUAAUGUACGAGAUUGAGGGUAAGGAAGAAUUCUUACUGGAAUGA